UAUCCGAUGGACAUGGGAUACUAUAGAAGAAAUAGAAGAGUCCAUAUGACACAAUCAUGUUAUAUUUCUGCAGUCUUACUUUAAAUGUAUGUUUCUGAAUUAUUCUGUGUAAAUAUAUGAUCUUUGGAGAACAUAAAAUCACUACAGACACACAGGGUGAAUACAGUUUUGAGAGUUGCGAGCAGCUUUGAGCAAAUGGAGGUUGAUAUCUCUGUAAGUCCCAGAGUGAAUUCGGUGAAGCCCUCAACGACGUUGGCUAUAUCUGACCAGGCAGCGGCUUUAGUACAAGCUGGUGUGCCUGUUAUCCGAUUAGCAGCUGGAGAACCUGACUUCAAUACCCCAACUGUAAUAGCAGAGGCUGGGAUUGAUGCAAUUCGUGAAGGUUACACAAGGUACACUCCAAAUGCGGGAACGCUAGAGCUCCGAUCAGCUAUUUGUCAAAAGUUGAAGGAGGAGAAUGGGAUCUCUUAUACACCUGAUCAGAUCUUGGUGAGCAAUGGAGCAAAGCAGAGCAGCAUUCAAGCAAUGCUAGCUGUUUGUUCUCCCAGAGAUGAGGUUAUAAUUCCAGCUCCAUUUUAUGUGAGUUACCCAGAAAUGGCAAGGCUGGCUGAUGCAAUGCCUGUAAUUCUUCCAACCCACAUCUCCAAAAAUUUUCUCUUUGAUCCUAAGUUUCUUGAAUCCAAAGUGACUGACAAGUCAAGACUGUUGAUUCUUUGUUCUCCAUGUAACCCAACCGGAUCUGUUUACCCGAGGAAACUGCUUGAAGAAAUUGCUCAAAUUGUGGCAAAGCAUCCUCGGCUUCUUGUGCUGUCUGAUGAAAUAUAUGAACACAUUAUUUAUGCACCAGCGACUCAUACAAGCUUUGCAUCUUUGCCAGGCAUGUGGGAGAGGACUUUGACUGUCAAUGGGUUUUCUAAGACCUUUGCAAUGACUGGUUGGAGAUUUGGAUACCUUGCUGGUCCUAAACACUAUGUUGUGGCAUGUGGAAAGAUUCAAAGUCAGACUGCAGUGUUGAUUAUUAGCGCUCCAUUGCGAUUGUUCACUUCAGGUGCCAGUAGCAUAUCCCAAAAAGCAGGUGUUGCUGCUUUGGGACUGGGUUAUGCUGGUGGGGAAUCAGUUUCUACUAUGGUUAAAGCAUUUCAGGAGCGGCGAGAUUAUUUAGUUAAGAGUUUUGGAGAAUUGGAAGGUGUUAAAAUAUCAAUACCCCAGGACUCUAAUACAAUCGUGCCUCUAAUAGGACUCUAA